UCAGUUUAUGGGACAACCUCCGCCAUACAUGAUGCCACAGCAGCAGCAACAGCAGCAUCCAAACGCAAUGGCUAUGAACAUGCCAGGCAACAUGUACGACCCCAACGUCAUGAUGGGGAUGCAUCAACAGGCGCCACAACAGCAAAUCCCACAGCAGCAGGCGCGACGGCCUGGUGGGCUAUCUCUGCGACGGCCGAUACGGGGUGAAAGGCAUCAGGAGCGGCAGAUUGAGCAGAUGUUUACGGAUCACGGCAUGCAACCCGACUGGGGGAGUUUCUUUGGUUCUGGCAGGGGUGGAUUUCAGGGAAUGUGAACGACUGCCACAUGAUACCCAUUUUUUUCACGAUAUGAGACGGAAAGCCUUGCGGUCUGCCGGGAGGGGGGAAGGGCGUCUAUUCAGUUUCCCGUUUCUUUAUUCUACUCCUAUCCCCUUUUCUCUGUGUUUGAUAAUUCAUUCCUUGGACAAUGUGGGCGGGAAAUGUCACAACAUGAAUUGCAUGUUAACGACUACCAUUAACUCUUAUACCUCAAACAUUAUGGCGGGUGUUUUAGAAUUCAUUGGGUCUCAUCUUUUAUUUUUCAUUUUCAGCUGCACUAUCAUCAUAUUUUCGUUCCAUCAUUUUUCUUUAUUUUUCCUUUUUUUUUUUUUUUUACUUCCCCAUCUGGCGGCAGGCACAAAACGAAAACGCAAAACAGCAAUUUAUACGAGCAUAUCACAGUGCGUGUGUGUAGAUAAAAGGGAAGGAAGAGAACUUUUUGUUUUUGUUGAUCGACAAAUGUACAUUGGUCAGACGUCGAAGGUGAUUGUGUCCCAGCGGACUGCAAGCCAAUAUCCAGGUACAUAGCAAUACAAAAAAAAAAUAAUUAAAAAACAAAACAACAACAGAAUCA